UGCCGGCAAGCAAAACAACAACAAACGAGAAAAACUAAAUUAAAUUUAAUUUAAUGAUCCGCAACGUGGUGGUGGGCAUCUCGGGCGGCGUGGACAGCGCCGUGGCCGCCCACCUGUUGCGGGAGCGUGGUCUCAAUGUCCUGGGCGUCUUUAUGCGCAACUGGGACGAGCUGGACGAGGCGGGACGGUGCAGCGGCGAGGAGGACCUGAAGGAUGCGGAAUGGGCUUGUCGGCGCCUGGGCGUGGAGCUGCGCCAGGUGAACUACGUGCGCGAGUACUGGACGGCGGUGUUUAGCCAGUUCCUGGACGAUUAUCAGCAGGGUUUAACCCCAAAUCCGGACAUCCUAUGCAAUCGUCACAUCAAAUUCGAUCUGUUCCACAAGCACGCCCUGGAGCAUCUGGGCUACGAUGCCGUGGCCACGGGUCACUAUGCCCGCAACAGUCUGGGUAACUUCCUGGAGCGUGCUUCCAGCGGAGCACCUGGCACCAUGGAAGCCGCUCGUUUGCUCAUACCCGCCGAUACCUUUAAGGAUCAGACCUUUUUCCUGGCUGGGAUACCACGCGAGGCCCUGCAGCGCACCAUGUUCCCGCUGGGAGAUUUGGCCAAGAGCCAGGUCAAGCAGCUGGCCACCAAAAUUGGACUGCAGCGACUGGCCAGCAAAAAGGAGAGCACCGGCAUCUGUUUUGUGGGCAAGCGCAACUUCAAGGAGUUCAUACGGGAGUACAUACACUCCCGAAGCGGACACUUUGUGGACAUUGACAGUGGUGUGACAGUGGGCCAGCACAAGGGCAUACACCAGUGGACCGUGGGUCAGCGUUGUAGGCUCAGCUCUUACCUGCAGCCUUAUUUUGUGGCCAAAAAGGAGGCAGCCAGCAAUACCAUCUAUGUGGCGGCGGGACAUGAUCAUCCUGCUCUCCUAAGCACCAGGAUACACAUUGAUCCGCCAAAUUGGUUGUGUGAGGAGUCUCAGGAGAGGCUUCUGGGGAAAGGCUCCCUGCGCUGUCGCUUUCGUUUCCAGCACACAAAGCCCCUGGUGGCAUGCAGCCUACGGUUCGCUGGCAACCACUUUGAGGUCCAACUGGAUGCUCCCCUGAGAGCCAUUACACCGGGACAAUAUGCUGUCUUUUAUGAUGAACUGGCCUGCCUGGGAUCAGCGCGCAUUAUUAGAGCUGAGUCUUUGGAAAUUGGAGAGCAGGACAAUGAGGAAGUGGGAAACCUCAAGAGCUGAUGAUCAAGCAUUUCCUUUUCCCUUAACAAAAAAAAAAUCCUGACAAUUGCCUGUUGAACACUUAAAA